AGGGUUCCUCUACUCCCUCUUACAAUUUCGUGGCGCAUUCCUCACCGUCUCCCUCGACUUCUAGGGUUUAUGUUUUCUGUAUAUUUAUAUGCCUAAGACUUUAACCAUAUUUUACACGGCCGCCGCCAAAGUCUACUCUUUGUAACGAAACGCUCUUUUUUGUCAAUCGGAUGGCGUCUGAUUCGCGGAAUGCUCGUCUCUCGGCAACUUCUUCCCGGCGAUACCAAUCACGAUCUGAUCUGUUAUAUGGAGGGCACGAUGAGAUAGAGGUCGACGAGGAUUCUAGACUGGAGUUCUUAUGCCCGUUUUGUGCUGAGGACUUCGACAUUGUUGGGCUUUGUUGCCACAUCGAUGAAGACCAUCCGAUUGAAGCUAAGAACGGGGUGUGCCCAGUUUGUGCAAAAAGAGUGGGAAUGAAUCUCGUUGGCCACAUUACCAUGCAACAUGGGAGCUUUUUAAAAGUGCAGCGUAAGAGGAGAUUGCGUAAGGGCGGAUCUAAUUCCUCAUUCUCGAUGUUGAGAAAAGAGCUGCGGGAAGGAAAUUUACAGUCCCUUCUUAGUGGAACCUCGUGCAUUAUUUCUUCCUCCAACACAGAGCCUGAUCCAUUGUUGUCGUCAUUUAUAUUUAACCCUGCUGUUGAUGAACCUGUGAUUGUAGAACCGCUUCCUUCAUAUGAAGCAAGCUCUGUGCAGGAAACUUCAGAAGUGGAAUUUCUAGAUAGAAAAGUUCAAGCUCCACCUUUAUCAGACAAGGAUCAAGAGGAGAAGGCUCGGAAGAGUGAGUUUGUGCAAGGACUGUUGCUGUCUACAAUGCUUGAUGACAUCUUAUAAACGAGAAUGUGUUUGCAAGCACAGGACAGCAUUGUCUAGAGAUGGUGAUAGUAGGACUGGGUCAGAAGUAGUGAGGGGAAGCGUUUAAUAUUUUGUGAUAAGUGGUAAGAAUUGGGGGUAUUUCUCCCGUUGUAUGUAAAUAUUAUGUGUAUAAUAAGGUUUAAAACCUCGUUCCUCUGUGGUUGUUCUCUUACCAGACUGGUGAAGGAAAAAACCCUGGGGUUCUAAUUAAGUAGA